GAAGGUCAGAAUUGAGAUUACUAGCAAUUCUUAUAUCAAAAAUCAUCAGUGUUUCUCUCUUUUAUGGUAAACACGUCGACCUCGUUAUCAAUAUCAGUUUUAUUUUUUUUUUUUUUUUAAGAUAUACUUCCACUUUCUGUACAAUGAGUUUGACUAGAGAAUGUUUCUUUCAUCGUGCUUACUUAUUCAGCUUUAGACCUUUCGAUACGAGUGUCAAGUGUUUCACGAAUUUCACAAAAUUUCUAUUUCAAACAAAUUCAUUUAUUAUAUAUUAUAAGUAAUAUAAUAUAUAUAUAUUUAUUUAUUUAUAGUGUAAACAUAAAGAUUUUUUUUAUGCACGUACGUAUGUAUUUAUUUCUAUUCGGCGUUCUAUUUUACUAGUGCAAAAAAAUUAGGAAAAGAAAAGAAAAAGAUUAAUUCAUUCCAAGGAUGAAAUUUGCGAUAAUCGGUGCAGGAUCGGCAGGUUUAGCUGCUCUACGACAUUUCACUUCCGGUAAUUACGAAGAUGAAGUUGUUUGCUAUGAGAAAACUGAAGAAAUCGGUGGUACUUGGGUUUACAGAGAAGAAACCGGUUUGGAUCGAUACAAUUUACCGAUUCAUACCAGCAUGUAUAAAAGUUUAAGGACGAAUUUGCCGAAAGAAGUAAUGGGGUUUCCUGAUUUUCCGAUACCAGAUCGAACAGAGAGUUAUUUAACACGCAAUGAAAUACUUAAUUUUCUUAAUUCUUAUUGCGAUCAUUUUAAAUUAAGACAAUACAUUCGCUUUCUUCAUAACGUCGAAUAUGUAGAACCGAUCUCGGGUGAUCGUAAAUGGUCGAUCAAGGUCAAAGAUUUAAAGAAUAAUAUUGUUCAAAGUGAGACAUUCGAUGCAGUUAUGGUUUGCAAUGGUCAUUAUUUCGAACCUUUUAUACCGAAUUUAAAAGGAAAAGAUAUUUUUCAAGGAAAUCAACUGCACAGUCAUGAUUACAGAGUACCAACCAUUUUUAAUGAUAAAACUGUCAUUGUAAUUGGUGCUGGUCCUUCUGGCAUGGAUUUAGCACUUGAAAUAUCAACGAAAGCAAAACGCGUAAUUUUAAGUCAUCAUUCAAAAGAUACGAUACUAACUCAAUUUCCCGAUAACGUGGUUCAGAAAACAGACGUCGUAGAAUUGACCGAACACGAUGCAAUUUUUAAAGAUGGUAGUAAAGAAAUUGUCGACGUUAUAUUCUAUUGUACAGGAUACAAAUACAGUUUUCCAUUUCUUUCGGAAAAAUGUGGAGUUCGGGUUGAUUCCAAUAUGGUAACUCCACUUUGGAAACAUCUUGUUUCUAUUGAAAAUCCUACUCUUGCUAUCGUAGGAUUACCAUUUUAUGUUUGUGCAUUUAGUAUGUUCGAUUUGCAGGUACGAUUUCUUCAACGUUUUUGGCACGGAGAGAAAACAUUUCCAGAGAAGACAAAAAUGUUGGAAGAAGAAUCGAAGGAAUUGGAAAAGCGUAUUAAAAAUGGAUUAAAUAAAAAACAUUUUCAUCAGAUGGGAGUUGAUCAAGGUCAAUAUUACGAUGAUUUGGCAAAUACAGCUGGUAUAACUCCGUUACCACCGGUGUUGACAAAAUUGCAUAAUGAAAGUAGUAAACGGUUUUUGGAUGAUUUAGUGCAUUACCGAGAAGAUAGAUACAAAAUUAUUGACGAUUAUAAUUUCGUACAACUUUAAAGAUAUAUUUUAUAAAAUAGGAAAAAGAAACACGAUUAUAUAUAUAUAAUUAAUUAGAAAAGAAAAGAUAUAGAGAAAAAAAAGAUGAAAUAAUUAAACGAUAAAGGUUCAUACACAGAUCUAAACUGUAUGUUAUAAACAAUAUGUUUUAUUAGUGUAAAAUGAAGACGAAAACAUUAUAAGUACUUAUAACUACACAGUACCAAUACAUAAAAAAUCUUUUCUCGUAAUGUUUCCAUGAAUUUUUGAUUUCUAGCAGGGCUUCUCAAAGCGUGAUUCGCGAAUACCCAUACAGGGUUGUAGAAAAUUUAACAAAACUAAAAAAAGUUGGUACAUUUUUGUUUGUCUUUUAAUAAUACGUGGUAAAAUUAUCUUUCUACGUAUACCAAAACAUUGUUCUUUUCGAAUAAAUUGUUAUUUAUGAUUUUAUUAUAGGCAAAUGUUUUAAAUUCGGGGAAAAUAUUUGCUCGAUUAAAUGGGAUGGUGUUGUAUAACAAAAACAAUUUGAGAAACCUUGAUUUAUAGAACUUGAAAAGAUUUAUUACAAGGUAUCGGAUAUUAAAUCCGAUUUUUGAUUUUAAAAUGAAAUCGCGUUUUUAUUUUUUAUGCGGUAGUUGUUUUCUUUUUUUCCCCUUGCCCCCCCCCUGGCCCCCGCCCCCAUUACCUGCAUAUACAAAAAUAAAUUACAAAUUAACAAUCGAACGUUUUAAACGUCUAAAUAUUGUUUCUUUUUAUUUCGAUGAGAUUUCAAAUAAAUGAUCAAUCAUUUUGGAAUAGCGACCAAAAAGAAGCAACGUUACAUAACAUGUACAAUGUGACAAGAAAAAUAAUAUUCCUGUAUUUUUUUUUUUACAUUUCACAGUUUAAAAUUCACAGCACGCGAUAUACAUAUUCUGCACAUUUUUCUUUUUCUUUUUUUUUUUUAAUUAAAUAAUUUUCCCUCAAACGCGCGUUUCAUAUUUUCAUUAAAAUGUGAAACUAACAUAAGACUAAAACUAAAAGGGUGUGGGUUGGGAGAUGUCUGUUACCAAAUUAAUAAAAAAAAUCAAGUAACAGUGAUGAAAGAAGCACAAGAUUAAUAGAUAAUAAAAAAAGAAAA